UGCAAUCAACUUUGUCAAACACAUCCAUUAUCCUCCAAAAAUACAAACGAAGUGGGCUGCAUCACAUUCUUCCGCUCACCCAAAAGGGCUGUUAUAAAAGCGAAUGCAGAAAAGAAUCAAUGCAAACGAUUAUGCAUAGGAAUAAAAUAGUAUAAACCAUCGCCCUCUUCAUUACAAUUGAACGCGUCAGACCCAUAAGGAAUUUCAUUCGAAAUAUAUUUAUUAGAAAGUCAAUUUACCGGCAAGCAAGUUGCAAGUGCAUCAAAAGUAACGAAGUUCUUGGUUAACUGGGGGCGUGAAGGUUAUAUCCAAUUUUUAUUUACUGCUGCCAAACGCCAAAACAAAAGCAAACACCGCUGUCGGAAGGGUAAUAUCAUAGACGAAAGGAGUUUUUGGCAGCAAAAAUGACGCCUUUCGACGAUUUUGCUUAUCUGAUUAAUCAUGUACUGCUGGGAGACGAGCCGACGAUUGAGGAUUUCAUUCUACUGGUGGGCACGCUGGUGGCGUUUAUAGCGUUUAUACUUUGGUGUUGCUUUCCCAUACAACCGAAGGAUGCAACCAAUCAUCGGCAAUUCUCCUGCAAAUCCAUACAAAAUUCACUCGAAUCCGCACAGGUGCACAGCAGCUAUAGCAAAAGUGGCCCCUUGACGCAUAAUGAAUACACGAUGAAGAAUGGCGGACACGCCUAUCAUUGUUGUACUUAAUAAACCAGCAUAUAAAUGCAUACAAUAUAAGUAAUUGGGAAAUGAAAGAAAGUAAUAAAUUUCAAUUUAAGCAGUCGUAUACGUCGAAAAGUAAAAGUUUUGCUAUAAAAUGAAACGCUAAAGCAAAUCGCAAUAUAAAUCGCAAGCAUAGAGCGGCUCAACUGCACAAAAAAGGCAAUGAAUAACAAAGAUUGGAUCAGCUAAAAAAAAAAAAAAGAACGAAAGGACUAUUAUAUAAGCAUAUUUAUUAUCACUAGUGAUACUUUUAAUUUAAAAGUGAAAGCUUUCAAAGAUAUAUUUGCCUAUACAAUUAAAUUUAUUUAUUUAUUUAUUUAGUAUUAGUAGUAGUACGAAAACCAACAUAAAAUGUAUUGAGCUGUAAUCUAGGCGAACACAAGGCUGCGCUUUGCUGCUAAAGCGCCGUUCAUUAUUUAAAAUGAACGUUAAAUAAAAUGAAGAAUAUUUGAUUAUAACUUUUUUAAUAAUUUUAAUGCAAUUGAAAAUGUGUGUAAAUAAAAUUUUCGAAUAGUAAUUAAAGUAUGCAUUAAAGACUAAAUAAAACACACAUACAACCAUGUAUACAUGUAAGUGCAUCCAUACACACAUAUACACAUAUAAGUAUGUAUGUGCACAAAACCAAAUGAAAGACGAUUGAAAAUGAAAUAUGAGUAUUUGUAGGAAAUGACGAGCGCUGAAGGUGCUAUUUGUUUUUUGUUUAUUUUUUUGUUUUAGUUUUUUUGGUUAUAUUUGAAAAUUGUUAAUUAAAAUUAAUAAACUAAAAAUGUAUUAAAUGAAAUGUUAAUUUUGAUUUGUUUUUAGUUGAAAAAAAAAGUAUAUCAUAAUUGUUUUUAAAUUGAAAGGUUCCAUAUCCUUUUAUUUCGAUCCAUUUAUUUUGUUCCUAAUGUCAUAUUUAGCGAAAAAAAUGUAUUGCUAGCACCAUAUAAGUGAUAGCCCCAUUGCUUGUGUAUUUUGGGGAAGACUGAAGCAUUAGUUGUUUUUGAAAUUUUUUUAUUAUACAUGUACAUAUACAUACAUACAUAAUUUCGAACACUUUGUAAAUAGCUGCAAAUUCUCUUAGUCUGAACGUAGCUUGAAAGCAAGUUUUCUCUUAUUUAUUUUGCAUUGACUUGCCUGUUUAAGGUAUUGCCUUUUCGUUAUUUCAGCCAUUUGUAGCUUUAAGAAAUUUAUUAGAUAAAAAAUUAGGAAACCAAGUUUUUUAAAUUUAAAGUAAAAUAUGAAAAUGCUGAAAGUUUUUGCUAACAAAUAUUGAAAUCGGAAAAAAUAUAUUUUAUGAAUUGACACUUUCAAAGUGUUAUUCCAAAAAAAUAAAAUAAAAUAAAUUGGG